AACCUGGCGGACGCAUCACUCAACUCUGCUCUUUUGGAUGUCCUUUUCUUUCUUUCUUUUUUUUUUGAAUUAUUUUUUUUCCUCGCGCAAAGGACUGCCCGUUUUAGCUGAGGGGGGGAAAAGUUUGGAGGGCUCCGUCCGUGUCUUUCUGGCUCCGUAUCGGUGUGUGGCGCAUGCAGCGACAGUGCGGGGUCCGGUUACAGCCGCGCUGCCACCGGCACACACGGCACACGCCGCUCCGAGGGGACGCAGCUCAGUCUCUGCGGAGCCACGGGGGAGUUUUACACAGACACACAUCGCUGAGUGAGGAUAUUUCAUCUUGAGCUCAUCUUUCCUUUUCGCCUCUCCUCGCCGCUUCUUCCCAGCAGGACAACACGCGCGUCUUCGAUCCCUACUAGAUGAACGGGAGUUGGGCACCUCACUUGUUGUGUCUCUCCGAUGCGUUUGGCCCCUGAGGCCUGAGGAGAAGUGAGCUAAGCCCAGGCCCCCAUGGGACGCCCUGUUACCCAGCAUGCACUGCUUCUGGUGCAGUGCUUGCUGGUCCUACGCCCCACAGGGGUGGACGGUAGGAGAGGGCCCGUGCUUCUGCCCGAAUCGCCCUGCCACAAGACAGAGCAUCCACUUAUCCCACAUGCAGAGAUGGAGCCGUGGAUGUUCAGGUUCAAAGCAGAGGGCACGGUGGAUUACUCACAGCUCACCUUUGACCCCGGCCAGAACGAACUGAUCGUCGGUGCCAGGAAUCACCUCUUCAGACUCAACCUCGAAGACUUGACACUGAUCCAGGAGGCUGAGUGGCACUGCGAUGAGUUCACCAAGGGAGCCUGCUUCAGCCGAGGAAAAUCAGAGGAGGAGUGCCAGAACUACAUCAGGGUGCUGCUGGUGAAUGGGAACAGGCUGUUUACUUGUGGAACCAACGCCUUCACCCCCAUCUGCACCAACCGAACGCUGACUAAUCUGACGGAAAUCCAUGAUCAGAUCAGCGGGAUGGCUCGGUGUCCCUACAACCCCCUCCAUAACUCCACCGCCCUCAUCACGUCCAGCGGGGAGCUUUAUGCAGCCACCGCCAUGGAUUUCUCCGGACGGGACCCUGCCAUUUACCGCAGCCUGGGCGGCCUGCCGCCACUACGCACCGCCCAGUACAACUCCAAGUGGCUGAACGAGCCAAAUUUCGUCUCAUCCUAUGAUAUCAGCAAUUUCACCUACUUCUUUUUCCGGGAAAACGCUGUGGAGCACGAUUGUGGAAGAACGGUGUUUUCCCGCGUGGGGCGCGUCUGUAAAAAUGACAUCGGUGGCCGCUUCCUGCUGGAAGACACGUGGACCACCUUCAUGAAGGCCCGGCUGAACUGCUCUAGACCAGGAGAAAUCCCCUUCAACUACAACGAGUUGCAGGGAACUUUCUAUUUACCCGAGCUGGAGCUGCUCUACGGCAUUUUCACCACCAACGUAAACAGCAUUGCUGCCUCUGCAGUGUGUGCCUUCAAUCUCACUGCCAUAUCACUGGUCUUCAAUGGGCCCUUUAAGUACCAGGAAAAUUCACGGUCUGCCUGGCUGCCCUACCCCAACCCCAACCCAGACUUUAAGUGUGGCACCAUCAACUCUGGCUCCUACGUGAACCUGACUAAAAGAAACCUCCAGGAUGCGCAGAAGUUUUUGCUGAUGCAUGAGGUGGUCCAGCCUGUGGUCCCCGUGCCCUACUUCAUGGAGGACAACGUCCGCUUCACUCAUGUGGCGGUGGAUGUGGUGCAAGGGAAGGACAUGCUGUUCCACAUCAUUUACUUGGCUACCGAUUACGGUACCAUCAGGAAAGUUCUUUCUCCGCUGAACCGCUCCACAGGGAGCUGCCUAUUGGAGGAGAUCGAGCUGUUCCCGCCCAGGAAGAGGCAGCCAAUACGAAGCCUGCUGAUCCUGCACAGUCGCAGUGAGCUCUAUGUGGGCGUAAGAGACCAGGUCAUCAAGAUCCCACUAAAGAGAUGCAGCUACCACAAGACCAGGGAAGCCUGCGUAGGAGCCAGGGACCCAUACUGUGGUUGGGAUCUGCUGCUGAAGAAAUGUACCACCUUGGAGGAAAGUGUUAGAAUGAGCCAGUGGGAGCAGAGCAUCACAAAGUGCCCAGUCCGUAAUGUAACAAUUGAUGGAGGCUUUGGUGCCUGGUCGGGCUGGUCGACAUGUAGCCACAGCGAUGGAGGCAACGCCGGGUCCUGUCUGUGCCGGACACGAGCCUGCGAUAACCCCGCCCCUCAGUGUGGCGGUCAGCACUGCUAUGGCAUCAGCGUUGAGGUCGCCAACUGCUCCAGGAACGGAGCGUGGACUCCCUGGACUUCCUGGUCUCCCUGCAGCACCAGCUGCGGCAUUGGAUUCCAGGUGCGUCAGCGCUCCUGCAGCAACCCGACCCCUCGCCACGGCGGGCGAGUGUGUGUGGGCCAGAACCGUGAGGAGAGGUACUGCAAUGAACACCUGCCCUGCCCGCCACACGUUUAUUGGUCAGCCUGGUCGGCAUGGGAACGCUGCAACGUGCCUUGCGGUGGAGGUAUCCAGUCACGGCGCAGAACAUGUGAGAACGGCAAUGACUGUCCGGGGUGUGGUCAGGAGUAUCAGUCGUGCAACACUCUGCCUUGUCCUGAACUCAAGAAGACUACGCCCUGGACUCCCUGGACACCCGUCAACAUCUCUGACAACGGGGGCCACUACGAGCAGCGUUUCCGCUACACUUGCAAAGCUCGCAUCCCGGACCCGAGCCUCCUGGAAGUGGGCCGACAGAGGAUCGAGAUGCGCUACUGCUCCAGCGACGGAUCCACGGGCUGCUCCACCGACGGCGAAGUGCUCCGUCUCGGGAGAAUCUCUGGCCACGUUGUGAACGGCGGCUGGUCAUCCUGGAAUUCUUGGUCUCAGUGUAGCAGAGACUGCAGCCGUGGGAUCCGGAGCCGAAAGAGGACAUGCAGUAACCCAGAGCCCCGGUCCGGAGGUCAGACGUGCCUCGGUCCAGCACAGGAGUACCAAGAGUGUAACAUCACCCCCUGUCCAGUGGAUGGCAGCUGGUCGUGCUGGUCUUCAUGGUCCAAGUGCUCAGUGACGUGUGGAGGGGGACACUACAUGAGGACACGGAACUGCAACAACCCCCCACCAGCGUACGGAGGGGACAUCUGCCUGGGUCUGCACACUGAGGAGGCGCUCUGCAACACGCAGGCUUGUCCAGAGAGUUGGUCCAGGUGGUCGGAGUGGUCCCACUGCGACUCCAGCGGCUCCCAGCUGCGUGUGCGUCACUGCGAUGUCCUUUUCCCCACUGGAAACCAGUGCUCAGGAAACAGCAGCGAGACCCGGCCCUGCUCUCCUGACUCCAAUUUUAUACCAGAAGUUUCUAUUGCACGCUCCAGCCAGGAGGAGAGGCGCUGCGGAGAUUUCAACCUGUUCCACAUGAUCGCCGUGGGGCUCAGCAGCUCCAUUCUCGGCUGCUUGGUUACCCUGCUGGUGUAUUCGUACUGUCAGCGCUACCAGCAGCAGUCCCACGACGCCACGGUCAUUCACCCGAUCUCGGCCGCGCCGCUCAACACCAGCAUCACCAACCACAUCAACAAACUGGACAAAUAUGACACUGUGGAAGCCAUCAAGGCCUUCAACAAAAACAAUCUGAUUCUGGAGGAAAGAAAUAAGUACUUCAACCCACAGCUUGCCGGGAAGACCUAUACCAAUGCAUACUUCACCGACCUCAACACCUAUGAUGAUUAUUAGACUUAGACUUUCUCCCAGAUUGGACGUCCCUGCCCCAUCAUCCAUUCUGACUGUUCUUUUCUUCGUGCUUUGUAUUGAGAUUUGUGACACCACCAUGUGUGUGACAGUCCCACUCGGAAACUCUACGGCAGCUGGUAUGUAAUGGAAACACAGACACACGGUGCUGCCAACAGAGGGAAAUGCCCACUUUCUCUCAGGUGCCUUGGGGUACACUUGGAAAGCUCAGUAGCUGAGGGCACAUCCUGCCUGGACUCACGCUGAGAACCGGACAACUCGAUCUCUCAAUGUUGACAUAAAGGGAAAACUAAGAACUUUGCUCCAAGAUGCUGUUGGAAAGGGAUCCUUUUCAGCUUUCAUGUGAUGCCCCUAAAACAGACCAUUAUUUGUAACGAUGGGAUAUGAACAAAAAAAAAAGAAAAAAUUAUUGCUCUGCAUGAAUCAUCCGCCGUGUUCCUCUGCUGUUCCUUUUCAGUUUGCAUGAUGGAGCCCAUUCCAGGGCUCCAGUGCAUUUUUUUUCUGCUGGUCUUGGCUACAGGACUGGUUUUGGAAGUCCGAAAAACAGAGGCAGUCUUGAUGUUUGGUGGCUUUUACCAUUUACUGCUGCGCAAUUUCCAAACGGAUCAGCAUCAUCUCCCAGUCCUAUAAUCAGGAUGUAGAUAUUUGAAGUCUGUGGUCAAGGUUGUCCAUGCUUUUGUUUUCUCUCCUGUAUUUUGUUUCUCUAGCAGCUAGAAGAGCUUUUUUUAUUUUUCUUGCUUUCAAAGAGUAAAGACCAGUUUGUCUGUAGAUUUUAUAAAUGCAUUUAUUCAAUGUCUAAAGUGUUUUAAAGAGUUUUUUGUUUUUGUUUUCUAUUUUGUUUUUGAAGAGAAAGGUUUAUGUGCAUUCCGGGAAGAUAGGGGCGUAGUCACUGCAGUCUGCAUCAAGUUAAGUCUUUGUCAUCGUACUUUUUAUAUAUUUUUUGUAAAAAAGAAAAAAAAUGACUUUUGAGUUUUAAUAGUGUUCCUUUGACUCUUGCUUUGACUUCCGAGUUGAAUAUGUAUUCUUGUGAGCAGGAUCUUAAGGAUAUAAAGUGUACAGAUGGAGCGCAGUUACUGCUGAUUUCUUCAACCACAACCUGAGUACUACCCAUGUACCGUGAUAUGAAAUUUAUUCAUCAGAUACUUCUGUUCAAACAACUGUUUGGUUCUUCAUUUUGUUCAGUUGUAACUAACUCUUUUUACAUGUUUGCUUGUGUUAUUGUGCAUAAAUUAAAAUUUCUUCCCACAAAACGUGUCCAUUAUGAAUUAAAACAUAUAGAUGUCUA